GAGCGCUUCCAAUUCUUUUUCUUCCCUCCGGUCGUCUUCUCCCUCCCCUGCCCCAAUUCCCCAACACAGCGCAAGGGCCAGACGCCCAGAACCAGACGAGCACGGACGGACCUCCGCAGGCCGCAUCCCUCCACGUGCACGAGUUCCGAGGCGCCCCUUCGAUCCGCCCGGCCCGGCCCUCUCCACCGCGCGCGCGCGUCCGUCGCUAGCGUUUGGCCGUCUCCCUCUUGAGCCCCGAGUACCCCCACGACGCGGCAAGGAACCUCGCCAUGAGGGUCCACCCGGCUCCGCGGAAGCGCACCAUCGCCGUGCAGCGCUGCGCCACGGCGGCGGCGGCGGCGGCGGCGGGCGCACUCGGCGGGAAGAAGCUGCGCCGCCUGCCGCACAUCUUCGCCAAGGUGCUGGAGCUCCCCUUCGCGGCCGACGCGGACGUGUCCGUCGAGGAGGACGCGGCGGCGCUGCGGUUCGUCGCCGCGGCCGUCGACGGGGUCUCCCCCGAUGGCGCCCGCGCUCACGCCGUCGAGAUCCACCCGGGGGUCACCAAGGUCGUCGUCCGGGGCCUCUCCCCCGCCGACGGCGGCGGCGGGGUCGACGACGAUGGGGCCGCCGCUUUCGAGCUCGACCGCUGGCGCUUCCGCCUCCCGCCCUGCACGCGCCCUGCCAUGGCCACGGCCACCUACUCCCAGGGCGAGCUCGUCGUCACUGUCCCCAAGGGCGCCGGCCCCGACGACGCGGCCGCUGUCCUCGGUGGCACGGAGCGCGUCCUCGUGCUUGUAUAGUAUAUCUACAUGUCCCGUCCAUGACUCAUCUCCACUGCUUUGCUGAUUCGCCUGUUUCUAUUCCUACUACUAUACUAAUACCAAAUAUUUAUUUAUA